UUUAAGGUUUUAAUGACUGUUGUCAUUCUUUGGUUUCAUCUUUAAUGCUGUGAUGUUUUGAUCUUCCUAAUUCAUUGACUAGCUGUAAUGGAAAUGGAAGCUGUUGAUUAUCUUGCAGUAAAUAAAGCAGUAUUUAUCCAGUUUUAUGCAUGGCUGCAACAUUCAAAUAGAGAUUAAAGAUAGAUAAUGAGGUGAACAUUAAUACAAAAGUACAACAAGCAAGAAGGCAUUUAUUCAUCAUUUUAAACACAAACUGUCGAUGACCAGCAUUUAACCAAACUGUCGAUGACCAGCAUUUAACCAAUCAAGUGACGCUGAUGUGACCGAUUCUCAAUCCAAUUGGUUGUUUCAUCUUUCAAUCGUCUAUUGAUCCCGCCUCCUUGGACUUGACAGCAGCGCUAAAUGGAACCGAUGUAUCUCAGCAGUUUGUGAAGAUACAGCCACUCAGCUAGAUAAUUAGCCUACUUCAUGGAUUUAACGGUCUGAGUGAAUUAUUGACUUUAAUGGUGUAAUUCGCAAACUGCAUCAUUUAUGUUGUUGUCAAGUUGAUAUUUCAAUGGCGCAAAAUGGAUACCAGCACGACGGUACAAUCGAAGAUAACAACGAGGUCGAAACGCCCACGAAGCAGCCGCGGUCCAGCAAUGAGAUGCCCGGGUAUCACCUAAACGAGCCCAACAGUGAGGUAGCGGAGGCCGAUGGAAGAGCAGCCUCUGAUCGGUGCACGUCCCACUCGACACCGAGGCAUCGGCACGACUCGGUGAAGAAAACAAGGCCGCCGUUCCCCUGGUUUGGCAUGGAUAUUGGAGGCACUCUGGUGAAACUGGUGUAUUUCGAACCCAGAGACAUCACAGCUGAGGAAGAGCAGGAAGAGGUGGAGAACCUGAAGAGCAUCCGUCGGUACCUUACCUCCAACGUGGCUUAUGGUAAAACAGGCAUCAGGGACGUGCAUCUGGAGCUGAAGGAACUCACGCUGUGUGGUAGGACAGGAAAUUUGCAUUUCAUUCGCUUCCCAACACAUGACCUGCCGGCAUUUCUGCAAAUGGGACGCAACAAGCACUUUUCCAGUCUCCACACAACACUGUGUGCCACAGGAGGAGGAGCAUACAAGUUCGAGUCAGAUUUCCGAACGAUGGCUGACCUGCAGCUCCACAAACUGGACGAGCUGGACUGUUUGAUCCGCGGGGUGUUGUAUAUUGACUCGGUGGUGUCGAGCGGUCCCUCAGAGUGCUACUACUUUGAAAAUCCCACAGAUCCAGAUCGCUGUGUCCAGAGGCCUUACACACUGGAAAAUCCUUAUCCUUUGUUACUGGUCAACAUCGGGUCAGGGGUCAGCAUCAUGGCCGUGUACUCCGAGAACAAUUACAAACGAGUGACAGGCACCAGCCUGGGUGGUGGGACCUUCCUGGGCCUGUGCUGUCUGCUGACUGGCUGCUCUACUUUUGAGGAUGCAAUUGAAAUGGCUUCCAAGGGGGAGAGCACACGUGUGGACAAGCUCGUCCGGGACAUAUACGGAGGAGACUAUGAGCGGUUUGGACUUCCAGGUUGGGCUGUGGCUUCGAGUUUUGGAAACAUGAUAUCCAAAGAAAAGAGGGAAUCAGUGUCCAAGGAGGACCUGGCCAGGGCAACGCUGGUCACCAUUACUAACAACAUCGGCUCCAUCACGAGGAUGUGUGCCCUCAAUGAGAAAAUUGAGCGAGUUGUGUUUGUUGGGAACUUUCUAAGAGUGAACACGCUCUCCAUGAAGCUGUUGUCUUACGCCAUGGACUACUGGUCCAAAGGACAGCUCAAGGCACUUUUCCUGAGACAUGAGGGUUACUUCGGAGCAGUUGGAGCAUUGCUCGAGCUCCUGCAUCCGUCCUGAUCCGUCCAAACUGAGUCCAAAGAAUAACUUGUUCUUCUGCUGCAGAUAUUGCUAGCACUAGAGGCUGUCCAGAGUCAUUUCAACAUCGGGGUGUUUUUGUCAGCCAUCAGCCGUUGGUCAUCAUUGGUUAAAUUUGAAUGUGAUGGACAAAUGGCCAAACUUGGACAUGAAUCAAGGCCAGUUUUGUUAAAGUUCAGACUGAGAAUGUAGUAAGCCAAGUUGACAACAGUUGAACCACACAACCAGUGGAGGACUUGAAAAGAGGUUGGACUGGUUUCGUUUAAAAUAUCUCAAAGAAUUUAACCACAGUUGCCUGAAUUAAUAUUGCUGCAAAUUAGUCCCUACAUACCCUCUGUGAGUAUGUGAUCCAGGAUAAUUUACAGUAUUUUCAAACACUGUUGUAGUACCAGUAAAUAUACUUUAAUACUGAAUGAAUACAAUUGUGAUGUAUCUAUGUUUUGUUUGUUUUUAUGCUGCAAUGCAAAGAUAAUCAAAGACUGUGUACAACAAACAGGAUUCUAAAAGUAACUUUGAUAAAAAUGAUUGUGUAAAACGUCAUUUUAAUCAUGUUAUUAAAAAAAAGAACCCUUAACUUUUACUGUUGCAAAAUCAGCAUUGCCUCCUACCAUAUGCCCAGCAGUGCUGAUUAUUCUGAUCUUUCAUUGUUUGUUUGACUUGUUGACUCACUGUCAGUGUUUAUUGUGAUAAAUUUAAACUGCAGAGCCUAAUAUAAUGUAUUUUUUAAAAUGGUAAAUAAGGAAAUCAGGAUAUUAGGUUAUUGUGAUAGGUAUCGACAUCCUAUAAAUCACUGAAUAGUUCAAACCUUAUGCAGGAAGCAACAAAAGCAUUUUAACUUUUUUUCCACCCAGAUAAACAAACAUUCUUUACAAACUUGAUACAUUCCUCUAGACUAGACUAGACCCAAUGUCUUUAUGAAGGCACAAAUCACAAAAUAAAAUGAAACUACCUUGUAACAGUGAAUGAAAGUGUUUCACUGCUCAAUUACUACACCUGGUGUAUCAGCAGAAGUGCCUUUUUUUCUAGAAAGUUGCUAAUUUUUUAAUAAUGAGAUUAAAUUAAAGACAUACUGGUUUGUCAUUUGCAGAGUUUUCGAACCUGUUCUUAUGAUUUUGUAAAUCCUCCUAAAGGUUCUAUUAAAUAUGAGCUUGUCUCUCUGA